AUGCUGCUGGACGCCGGCCCGCAGUUCCCGGCCCUCGGCGUGGGCACCUUCGCCCGGCACCACCACUCGGCCGCGGCGGAGAUGCAGGACCGGGAGCUGAGCCUGGCGGCGCAGAACAGCUUCGUGGACUCGGCGGCGGCGGCGGCGCACAUGGGCGCCUUCAAGCUCAACGCCGGCGCCCACGACCUCUCCCCCGGGCAGAGCUCGGCGUUCACCUCGCAGGCGCCCGGCUACCCCGCCGCCGCCCUGGGGCCCCACGCCGCGCACGUCGGCUCCUACUCCGGGGCGCCCUUCAACUCCACCCGGGACUUCUUGUUUCGCAGCCGCGGCUUCGGGGACUCGUCGCCGGCCGGCGGGCAGCACGGCAUCUUCGGCCCUGCGGCCGGCAGCCUGCACCACCCGCACACGGACGCUCAGAGCCACCUCCUCUUCCCGGGCAUCCACGACCAGCACGGCCCCCACGCCUCCCAAAACGUCCUCAACGGGCAGAUGCGCCUGGGCUUGCCGGGGGAGGUGUUCGCCCGGUCGGAUCAGUACCGCCAGGUCUCCAGCCCCAGGACUGACCCGUACUCGGCGGCUCAGCUGCACAACCAGUACGGCCCCAUGAAUAUGAAUAUGGGCAUGAACAUGGCAGCCCACCACCACCACCACCCAGGUGCCUUUUUCCGCUACAUGCGGCAGCAGUGCAUCAAGCAAGAGCUCAUCUGCAAGUGGAUCGACCCCGAGCAGCUGAACAACCCCAAAAAAAGUUGCAAUAAAACUUUCAGCACCAUGCACGAGUUGGUCACCCACGUCUCGGUGGAGCACGUUGGGGGACCCGAGCAGAGCAACCAUGUCUGCUACUGGGAGGAGUGUCCCCGGGAAGGCAAGCCCUUCAAAGCGAAAUACAAACUGGUCAAUCAUAUCCGAGUGCACACGGGAGAGAAACCCUUCCCCUGCCCCUUCCCCGGCUGCGGAAAAGUUUUCGCCAGAUCAGAAAACCUCAAAAUUCACAAAAGGACGCACACAGGGGAGAAGCCCUUCCAGUGCGAGUUUGAAGGCUGCGACCGGCGCUUCGCCAACAGCAGCGACCGCAAGAAGCACAUGCACGUCCACACCUCGGACAAGCCCUACCUGUGCAAGAUGUGCGACAAGUCCUACACCCACCCCAGCUCCCUGCGGAAGCACAUGAAGGUGCACGAGUCGUCCCCGCAAGGCUCCGAGUCCUCCCCGGCCGCCAGCUCCGGCUACGAGUCCUCCACCCCCCCGGGGCUGGUGUCCCCCAGCGCCGAGUCGCAGAGCACCAGCAACCUCUCCCCGGCGGCGGCGGCGGCGGCGGCGGCGGCGGCAGCGGCGGCGGCCGUGUCCGCCGUGCACCGGGGUGGCGGCGGCGGCGGCGGCGGCGGCAGCGGCGGUGGCGGCGGCGGCGGCGGCCACAGCGGCCUCUCCUCCAACUUCAACGAGUGGUACGUGUAG